AUCCUUAUUGAAAAAAAAAUAAAAAUUUGGUUUUUCUACGUGACGCAUCUUGAAAUAACGCUUCAACUUUAAAGCUUCCGUAUUUAUUGAAACUUCCUACUUUAGAAUCAAAGCGAAAGCCUCCAAAGCCAACCAGACAGAUUAAAGCUAAAACAGCACUACAUUUGAUUCAUAACAGAAAACUUUAGCUUUUAAAUACAUAAUUUAGGAAAAGGGUGAAGCAAAGACGGCGCACUGUUUCUAAUGUGGUGUUGUUGGAAGCCAUGGAUUCAACCAACAGAAAUGCGCGCUUUGGAUCGAGCUCCCUGACGUUGGGAGAGAGGAUCUGUGCGGCGUUCAUCCCAUUAGUUGCAGUGGUCGAUUUCUUUAUCUUCGUGGUGGCUAAUUGUUUCUACUGUCAGCCUCGUCGAGAGAAAUGCCGCUAUGGGCCCUCAGAUUUUACCCGUCUUGCCAAUGAAUCCCGAUUUACUGUGAAUGAAGUGGAGGCAUUGUACCAACUGUUCAAGAAGUUGAGUAGCUCACUCAUUGAUGAUGGGCUGAUUCACAAGGAAGAGCUUCAACUAGCAUUGUUCCAAACUCCAUACGGCGAGAAUCUUUUUCUUGACAGGGUUUUUGAUCUUUUUGAUGAAAAGAAAAAUGGUGUGAUUGAAUUCGAGGAAUUCAUCCAUGCUCUUGACAUAUUUCAUCCAUCUGCCCCUAUAGAAGAUAAAAUUGAUUUUGCAUUUAGGUUGUAUGAUCUACGACAAACCGGCUUUAUCGAGCGGGAAGAAGUUAAGCAAAUGGUGGUUGCCAUUUUGAUGGAAUCCGAGAUGAAACUGUCAGAUGACCUUAUCGAGUCUAUCAUCGAUCAAGUGAGCUUUUCCCAAGUUUAUUUGUUUGCUAGUUACUGGUGUAGAUGUCUAGAACAUUUGCUGUUAUCGUCCUUUGUCCAGACAUUUGCCGAUGCCGAUGCCGACAAAGAUGGAAGAAUUGGCAAAGAAGAAUGGAAAACAUUUGUCCUUCGACAUCCUAGCCUCUUAAAGACCAUGACUCUUCCUCAUUUAAAGGACAUUACUACCUUGUUUCCCAGUUUUGUUUAUUACACUGAAGUUGAAGAGUUGUAACACAGAAUAUUUUACACUGAAAUGCGAUAUAUGGAAGCACCAACAGCAAGGGCUUUCGAUUAUAGCUGUUGGUGUGGCAUCUAAUAUAUAUAUGUAUGUAUGUGUGUAUAUAUAGGUGUGUAUUUAGCAACUAUGUUGUCCAGUAGAAAGAUUUUCAAGUUGAGUGCAUUUUGAAAGUAGCUUGUGAAGGAUAAUUCUCUUUUUUUCUUUGAUAAAGAAAAUGGCUACUCCAUUCGUUGA